AUGUCAGACACGGGCAACUUCGCCUUGAUCGCCCACGGGCCCAUCUUCAUCGGCACCAUGAUCAACGUCGUUCUCUGGGGCAUCUCCAUCACACAAACUUACAUCUACUUCUCCAGCUUCAAGAAGGACCCGCUGUGGAUGAAGCUCGUUGUCGUCCUCAUCACCCUAGCAGACGCGAUGAACAGUAUAUUCGAUAUGCAGUACAUAUACCAUUCGCUCGUCGACCACUACAAUGAUCCUGCUGCUAUCCAAAAGGCUAACUGGGUAUUUGCCACCGAUCCCGCCAUGACCUCUAUCAUCGGGACCAUUACCCAGCUCUUCUUCGCCUGGAGAGUUCACGUCCUUACCAAGAACAGGAUCGCAGUCGCACUUCUCUUCGUCGGCUCCAUCAUCUCUUGUCUGGGCGGUAUCGCGACGUCGAUAGCUAUUGGCAUCGUUCCGAAGUGGCUCGAGUUCCAGAAGUUCGAAAUCCCUGUCAUCGUUUGGUUGACUGUCUCGGCACUCGUGGACACGACCAUCGCGGUCAUCCUCGUCUGGCACCUGAGGAACAACAAGCGAGGAUUCAAGAAGUCUGAUGAUCUCCUCGACAAGCUCAUUCGUGUUACCGUCCAGACCGGCUUGAUCACUUCCGUCUGGGCCAUCAUAGACCUUGGAGUUUACCUCGGAAUCGCCUCGGGAGUUCAUCUCAUUUUCAACUUCCCGCUCUCGAAGCUGUACAGCAACUCCCUCCUUUCGAGCUUGAACUCUCGUGCGGGUUGGAAAUUCGCCGGCGCUGACGAUGAGGAGAGCUCUACCGGUGGCCGUAGGCCUGAAGUGGUCACGUUCGGCAGUACCCACCCCCUCGCUCGUCCGGAGGUCUACAUCAACGUUCAAUCGGAGUCGCAUGAGUUGCGCACGCCAACAGAGUCGAAGUUCAACACAAAGGAGAUGUCGGAAUCUUCCUCUGGGGAGCUCAGCCCGACGGCGUGCCGCUGAGCGCUGAGCGAGCAGGUUUCUAGUUUUCCAUUGACUUUUUCCUCGUUCAUUUGAAUUCACUGUAUAACUCCCAUCGUGAUACCUCCCACCCUGUUACCUCCCCUGUAUACUUUUUCGUCUCUAGAUUGUUAGAACGGACUGGACGAUGACGACAGGAACCUGACCCCCUUCGUGCAUCGUUAGUUGUAUAUCGUUGUUGUCAUGUCGUCAUUAGCUGUCUGAUUAUCGCUCACGGACUUUUGACUCGGCCAUUGGCCUCCCCAGCUGUCUUUCUAUACUUAUAGCACAAGUACCACUUA